AUGUAAAAAAAUUUUAUGAGCUUUAUAUCUAGCAUCUUUUCCUCAUCAUAUAAAAGGAAGAACUAGAUUGAUACUGACAAAGAUGACUCUAACUUAGCUUCAAGGAGCUAGACCUAUUAACAGGAAGAGAAUCUCUUAGCAAACUUAAGAAAGAGCAAACUUUUUUUGGAUGAUUCUGAUAUGGGAUUAUAAUCUAAAGCAUCUCCUCUUGGUAUAUAAUCAUUUUAAGAGGAUCCUAAUAUACAAGCUAAAUAAGAUGCUGAAAAAGUAGUAGGUUUAAUGAUUUCUUCUAGCAAAAAACUCUCUAAAAGCUAAAUUACAUAAUAGUAAAUGGGAGAGAUAGCUGAAAUAGUUCCAGAUUUGAAGUAAAAGUCAUUAAAGAAAGAUUAAUAAUCUGUCAUUCAUUAAUCGUUUGCAAAUGAGCAUGGAAGUGCUCACAAUUCAUAAAUAAAAGAUAUUCUACUUCGAUCAGAUACUAAACUUGAUGGUUAGGAAAUGUAGGGUACUAAAAAUAAAGCUGCUAAUGUCAGUGAAUUUGAUCAUGAUUUAUCAAAUAAUAGAAUCUCUUUAAAUUCUCACUAGAAUACUUUAAAAGGAGAUAAUUAAAGUUAAAAUUGCCAUCUAAGAAGCAGUUUUUGUCAAAUAGAUAGUAAAGUAAUAGAUAACUCAAAUAUACCAGGAUUAAGCAGUAAUAUUCGUCGCUAAACUGAGGCUAAUUAAAAACUUAUGAGCGCAUUUACUUUUAAUGAGGAAGCUCUUCCUGCUUUAAGUUUAGUCUAUAACAGCAAUACAAGAAUUUCAAACUCAAGCUAACACGAUAAUGGCAAUAUCAGCUAUCAUUAAAAUUCAAUCAAUUAAUUUUAAGUAAACAACAAUAAUGCAGAAGUAGAUUUAUCCUAACAAAAACCUUCUAGCUUAAAUGAUAGCUAAUCAAGUCACUUAUAAAUAGCACCAAACCAAAAUUAAUCUAUUACAAGAGGCUCCUCAAAUUCAAGAGUGAGAGGUAGCUCAAGUAAAAAAAAGUAAAUAGUUUCUGAGAGCCCUUUAUCAACAAAAGGCAAAAGAGAAAUACCUUCAUGCAGCUAUGACAAAUAUCCUAUGUUAGAGCAAAUAAGGGAAAAUAUUUCUAGCAUAGUCCGCUAUUAACCUUUAGUAAAAGAAGACAUAGAGGGUGAAAAUGAAGGUGCUGCUCCUGUUGUACAAAAUUAAGUUGAAAUUUUCAAUAGUCAAAAAAAGAAAAUGGAUGAAGAAGGGGAAGAAGAAAAAGAGGAGAAAGUUAAUAUUUUAACUAUGAGCGCAGCUCCUAAUUCUAGAGUAAACAACUUUUUCUAGUUAAGCAAUUCAAAAUAAUUUGACUGCAUGUCAAAUAAGGCUGAACCUCCUACCCAAAUGAAGCAAAGAUCAAAUUCAUUUUUUUUCGAGUAAAGCGAAGAUAAGAAAAAAUUCUUCAAUUUAGAUGAAAUAGGCAGUAAAGGUAGUAAUAUAUCUUCUAAAUCUUCAAGCAAACAAAGUGGAGAUAAAAAGAUGCAGGUUGAAAGUUCUUUUAAUGACGUUUUUUAAACUAAGAGCUCAAACAAAAAUGUUUUUGAUUAGGAAAUAGACUAAACAAAAAAUAAAGAAUUUGCUUCUAUGUAAAAAAAUCUUGAAGAUCAAAUCAAUGAGACUCAAAAUGCAACUUAAGAAGAAACAGAUAGCAGAUUUCAUAGCCAAUAAAAGACUAAGUCUAAUGAGCAAAGUCCCAACAAGACUCAUUUCAACAGUUUCCACAAGGCCGUUGACAUGAUGAUUGAUAAAUCUGAAAUUCCACCUCCUCAUUUGAGCAGAAGUGCUCAUAAAGUUCCUUCCCCAAUCAAAGAAGUUGAUGAACUCUCACAAAAAAAUCUGAAAAACACACCAAAAAAAAAUGAGAUGGAAGUCAUGGAAAAUGUGGAACCAAAAGAAGAAAAUGCAAAUGAUUUUGAAGGUUCUCCAAAGAUGAGAUAAAAAUCAGUAAAAUUCAAUAACUAAACACCAAAUGGAUAAGAAAAAGAAGAUGAAGAAUAGCAUAAAUUAAAUUUGAAGUUGUAGUCUAGAAAACCAACUCCUUACAAUCCUUUUAAAUCCUAACCAAUUAGCUAUCUUUCUAGACAUAAUAAGUUUAAAAAUGAAGAAGCAUCUAGCUAAUCAAGUUCAGAUUCUAAUAAAGAUUCCUCAUAGUAACAAAAUUAAGAAAUCAAACAAGCUGUAUCAAUUGCAAGCCAUACAAGCAAUAAUGACGCUGAACCAAAAAAAGAAAUAAAAUUAAAAUAUCCACCAAUUUUUAAGGAUUAAGAAAAUAGUAAAAGUAAAGAAAAAAAAGUAUAACAUUUAGCUUCUUCUGAAAGAAAUAAUGAAGCAAAACCAAUCUAAAACCAUACAAAGUAAUUGAGUGCUUCUCCAUUAAUUAGAACUCCUAUAGCUUUGAACAACUAAAAACAUCCAAUAAAACAAUAACUAGCUUUAAAAAAGAAAGAAAAUACUUAAGCUGUUAUUAAUAAUAAUUUCUUUAAAAUAGAAAACACAAAUAGCACUCCUACAGUUUUUCAUUCAAAUAAUAGUGGAUCGACAAGUAGUAGCAGCAGUGGUUAAGUUAAUAAUACAAAGAAUCAUUUGAAUGGUUUUUCUAAUAAGCUAAACAAUAGUGGAAAUAGUAACAAAGGAUAAAAUACAAAGUAAAAACCUCUAAAUGACGAAUAGAUAUCUCUAAAUGAGUUUGUCUCUGCACAACGAAUUAAAGUGCGUGAUGAAUCUUCAUAACCUACUCCAAUAGCUGCUCCUCUCCGUGGGACAAUUAAUUCUGGCUCAUUACCUAUUUCAUAAAUAAAAAAUGCUUAUAAAACGUGUAUUUUCUGUUAACAAGAUAUUAAACCAAAAGACGAAGUUAAAACAUUUACCUGUUGUCACAAAGCUCAUAAAAGCUGUUUGCCAAAAGAAAGAAACGUGAAAUGCUUGAGAUGCAACUCAAAUGCAAUGGUAAAUAAAUACCGUCCUAAAGAGUGA